GUUCUUGUGUUUGGGCUGUCUUCACACUGCCUACAGGGAUACUGGCAGCAGAUGCAAGUGCUUGUUAUGCCAUCGAAGCCAGGAGUGAUUCAGCCCACCUGCUGCCAGUCUUUCUGGCUCCCUAUGCAGGAGCUGUACCAGCUCUCCAAAGAGAAGGCUGAUUUCAGUGUUGUUGCUGGGGAGGAAGAUGAGUCCACGGCUGGCAGCAGUGGAGAGAAUGAGGGAAACUCCAGGUCUUCCACACCACACAGCACUAUGAAAACUCCCCCAAGCAAGUCACCUGCAAAAGCCCAGAAGCCAGAAGAAAGCAAAGCAGUCAUUGGAUCCCCUCAAAAAUCAGAGGAGAAACGAGGGGAGAAGCGAAAAGCAUCUGAGAUGGAUGACAAUGGAAAAAAGACGCUGCUGGACAUAUUCACUGGCGUGAAGCUGUACCUAUCGCCCUCUGUGAAGGACUUUGACAAAAUCCGCCGGUACUUUAUAGCGUAUGAUGGGGAUCUUGUCCCAGAGUUUGACACAGCCUCGGCAACGCAUGUUAUAGGGGACGUUGAUGAGAAUCCUGGUGCUAAGCGUGUGUCUCCCAAAUGGAUCUGGGAAUGCAUCCGGAAACGGAGACUGGUAGCCCCAUGCUAG